GAAUGCUGUGACGUUGUGCCCAACGGUCUGCGGGCUCCUUCCGCCAUCUUGUCAUUACUCCCCCUCCCCCAUCGAGCUACAAGGCAAACAGGGGGGGAAAAAAAAGACAAUCCGCCGCCAUCCUCCUCCCGGCAGCCUCUCCCCAUCCCGAACACCCGCUCAUCGGAACCCCCUCACCCGGCGCGUCGAGCCCAGAUCGUACUCAAUGAGCUUCCCCCGCAAUGUCAGAGCGGCCGGGGCAGACUGCAAAAGGGAAGGAUGGCAAGAAGUACUCGUCCCUCAACCUGUUUGAUACAUACAAGGGCAAGUCCUUAGAGGUGCAAAAACCAGCUGUCACAACCCGCCAUGGCCUGCAAAGUCUCGGUAAAGUUGCUAUUGCCAGGCGUAUGCCCCCCCCAGCCAACCUUCCAAGCCUGAAAGCAGAAAACAAAGGGAAUGACCCAAACGUCUCACUAGUUCCCAAAGACGGAUCAGGAUGGGCAAGCAAGCAGGAUACACCCGAGCCAAAGAGUACCGAUGUCUCUCCAGCAGCGCAGCCGGAGUCGCAGCCACAGCCGGCUUCACAGACGCCUGCAUCAAUCCAGCCGAAGCGUCCCCCAGUUCCACAAGAGCCCCCCCAACCAGCCGCCGCCGUGGUAAAGACCUGGGCACAGGCCAGUACCACACAUGGAGCACAAGGAGAUGGUGGAAAGGCAUCAAGCCGACUGUCGCCAUUCUCUCGAGAGGAAUUUCCAACCCUGCAGGCGGCUGGGGACCAGGACAAAAGUGGGCACGACCAGAGCACCUCCGCUGUGUCGUAUGGGCCCGGACCAAGCCUCCGCCCCCAGAAUGUAACCAGCUGGAGGGACGGGGGUGGGAGGGGGGGGCUUGGUCCAGGCUCACUGGAUGGUGAGAGCCGCGAGCCUCCCUCUGAUGCGGCACACACCCCCAGCAGUGAGCCAGCCCUCCGGCCGGGGCUGCCUCCCCCUGCUCCCCAACAGUUCCCUCCAUAUCGGGGGAUGCUUACACCAUUUAUGUAUCCCCCGUACUUGCCCUUCCCUCCUCCGUAUGGGCCACAAGGAGCCUUUCGUUUUCAUGGCCCUGAAGCUCCCAGGUUCCCACGUCUGGCUCCUCCACGUACCUCGCAGAGUGCUCCUAGGAUGCCUGAACCUGUGAGUCGCCCAUCUAUCUUGAAGCAAGAUGAUCUGAAAGAAUUUGAUGAACUAGAUCAAGAAGCAGAUGAUGGAUGGGCAGGAGCACAUGAAGAGGUCGAUUACACUGAAAAACUACAGUUCAGUGAUGAUGAGGAUGGGAAGGACACAGACAGCGAAGAAAAAAGGGAGAAUCAGUCUCCCAGCACAGAAAAGACAGCUGCUCCUCAGGAUGCUGUGGAGACCACAGAUUCAAGGAAGGUCUCCCCUACUGAAGAGAAACCUCCUCAAGUCAAGGCAGCAUGGUCAGAGGCGCCCCGGGCUACAGAACCUCUGCAGGCACCUGCUGCCGGUACUGCAACUGCUCAGAGGGCACCGACUGCACAUCGGGGACCUACCCCGGAAAAUAAGGAAAAGCCAGCGGCACCUUUAGCUGCACCCAUGGAAGAUGAGGACGAGGCAUGGCGUCAGCGUAGAAAACAGUCGUCCUCUGAAAUCUCUCAAGCGGUGGAGCGUGCAAGGAGAAGAAGAGAAGAGGAGGAACGCAGGAUGGAAGAGGAGAGGAGAGCUGCUUGUGCAGAGAAGCUCAAACGCCUGGAUAUGAAGCGACGAACAGCCCCAGAAGAGGCAGAACAACCUGUGGCCAGUACAAGGAGUGGGGCCAGCGAGGGGACAGAGACUCCAGAACAUUCUCCUGUGGUGGAACCAGCUCCACCUGUAGAAGCUCCUCCAGAGCCCACUGUAACUCCACCUCAAACUCCUCCUGAAGUUCCUCAGGUUAAAGGAGAACAGAGCCCCCCACCCAGACAAGAGCCUAAACAAGAGCCAGCGCCAGCUGUGGGCCGGCCACAGACUACAGGGCCCCCCCAGGGAGGAUACAGCAAGUUUCAGAAAAGUCUGCCUCCCCGUUUCCAGCGUCAGCAGCAGGAGCAGCUAAUGAAGCAGUGGCAGCAGAAUAGGGAACCCACUCCUCCUUCCCCGGGUGGACCACCUUCCUCACAGGCUCUCGCAGCACCUUCAGCUCAGCCAUCUCAGAAAGCCCUCUAUGGUGGAGGAUCCAUGGGAAGGACAACACCUGUGCCUACCCCUCAACCACCACCUGCCCCUCUGCCACCACCUCAUGUUAAUUAUGAUCCUCGCUGGGUGAUGGUGCCACCGUUCAUUGAUCCACGCAUCAUGCAGGGGAGGCCCAUGGAUUAUUACCCCCCAGCUGCAGGCGUGCACCCUACAGGACUGAUGUCCCGGGAGCGAUCAGAUAGUGGGGGUUCAGGGUCUGAUGGAUAUGAGCGCCAUGCACCACUGAUCAGAGAACGAGGAACUCCUCCAGCAGACUCCAAACUAAUCUGGGGUGGAGAGAUGUACAACCCUCCAGAUGCACGUCCGAUGGCAUCUCCUCUGAGGCAGAAUACAGAAGAGGAGGAAAGGGAUCUGAGAAGUGAAACUCCACCUGUUCGUCCUCUUGCUCCCCAGCAGUCUCAGCCUGCACCUUACUUGGGCAAUUUUACUACUUAUCAAGAAAAUGUUGUUGGGCACCGGUAUCCGGUAGAUGAGCAGCGAUCAUGGCACCAGCAACGGAACCACCAGGCUGCCCAGCAGCCACACCCUGCUCCUUCCAUCGAGCAGAGACGUUCAGAUCCUUCUCCUGCUCAGCCUACUCCGGCGUCUGCUCCUUCCACACAGCCCCGUCGAGCAGAUGAUGAACCAGUUAUACUCCGCAGAGAAGCAGCUGUUGCUCCUCCAGCUCCCGCAUCCCUGCCAGAUGCCUCUUCAAAAGUGGAAGUCGGUAGUGGACGACACAAGGAGGACAGGAAAGAAAUGACCAAAGAGGAGACAAAACCUGAAAGACAAAGUGGCGGCAGGAAUGAGUAUCACAGACCACCUCGUCGUGAAUCCAAGACUGAAACACGCUGGGGGCCCAGGCCUGGAGGUGGGGGCCGGAGACAGGAGGAAAAUAAUACAGUUACAGGCGGAGCGCCAUCUCAGACAUCUGGUCACAAACGUGCAGGUCCUAUCAAGAGGAGUGUUAGAAAAGAGGAGUCUGCUGCCAGAGAUCACCAGGACGGUAAGACGAGUCAGACACCGGUAACAGCAACAGAGGCUCUAAAGCCCAGACAGACCAAUCAUUCUAAUAGAGAGGGAGAACAAUCCACCGGGUCUCCUUCACGUAGAAGGAAGGAACCUGUAAGCAUUGUCAAUGCUCGAGGCUCCCCUGCACUUGUCUCAUCAUCUCGUGGACGUGGCAGAGGGGAAUAUUUCGCAAGGGGACGAGGUUUUCGCGGGGCAUACAGUGGCCGUGGACGUGGUGGCAGAGGCCGGAGUCGUGAGUUUCGUGGUGGCUACAGGAGAGAAAGCCCCUUCUAUAGAGAGGAGGCUGAUACGAUGGGUAAGCCGUUCCCAAAUGCUGUUGAACGGGAACGUAAUGCCAGUGAAACAAGAAGUGAAGGUUCAGAGUAUGAAGAAGUUCCCAAAAGAAGACGGCAGCGUGGUUCUGAAACUGGAAGCGAAACGGAGCCGGUCAACUCUGAAAAAGAGGCAGCAAAGAAUGGACUUUCCCUGCAGCAGCAUCACCACAACCACCACCACCACACUGAAUCUUCUACCGUUAAUCCUCGACACCAAGAAAAGGGUCGGGACUCUGGUAGAGGGGGUCGUAUUUUCACUCCUAGGGGAGUUCCCUCUAGAAGGGGAAGAGGAGGAUCCUCUAGUGUACCGGUGUCCUGGAAUCCACUCCCCAGGCAGCAGCCACUUGUAUCGCACCCUCCUGCACAGCCACCAAUUCAGCCUAACAAGUCUGAGAGGAAAAAUGAGAAGUUGAUGGUGCCAAUGAGUCCCCCAAUGCUCAAUGAUGAAAGGGUUCCUCCUCCACCCAGGAGAAGACGGCACGGGCGAUCGCAGCAGCAGGACAAACCUCCACGCUUCCGGAGGCUGAAGCAGGAGAGGGAGAAUGCUGCCCGAGCUGGAAAUGGGGCUGGCAUGCUGCCACCCCAGCAGCCCAUACCCACAAUCCAGGAACAGCACCAGCGUCCAGCACAGCCUGAGGAGGAGCGCAUCAUACCCAGACGGGGACCCAAGUCACCAGAGCCAUGCAAUGCCAACUCUGACCAGGCGAAUGAGGAGUGGGAGACUGCAUCUGAAAGCAGCGACUUCACAGAGAAAAAAGAAAAGGGCGGCAUUCCUGUCCAAAAUGGAGGAUUAGUUGUUGGCCCCCCUGCUUCUACCGUAGGAAGAGACCAAAGAAAAGAUCUGUCAAAGAGAAGCUUCUCCAGCCAAAGACCGGUCAUGGAGAGACAAAACCGUCGACCCAUGCAUCCUGGUGGACAGAGAUCUGGACGGGGUGGAGGAGGCGGCAGGUCUGGAGAGAAAAGAAGCUGGCCCUCUCCACGAAACAGAGGUGGCCGGAUGAACGAUGAUCGUCCUCCUCCACCUGUACAUCUGUCUCAUCCACCUCCUAACACAAGCGCGGUCUAUCGGGUGGACCGGGUGAUUCACAGUGAUCCUGCAGGUAUACAACAGGCGCUCAGUGAACUAGGGCAACGACACGGCAAAGCCAUAGCUGUCAAACAGAACGUGGAACUUCCAAGUGGCCGCGCUCAGUCAAGAACAGAUUCUCUCCUCGCCGAGCGCGCUGAAUCAGUUAGCAACAAUUUUGCAGUUCCCGCACCAAAACGAAAUAUGCGGCCUCGACGAGCACGAGAGGAUGUACCUCAUGAAGGGAUGUCCAUGUCUGCCAAGGUGUGGACACAGCGCAUCACUGGAGGCCAUCAGUUAGCCUCACUUGGUUCAGGGGUCUGGAACAGAGAGCAGAGCAAAGAUAGAGGUAAGCUCCGCUCCUCUUACCCAAUGGAUUCCUGGAUGGACCCUCUGCAUUCUUACGAGGACACCAUUCAUACUGAGAUGAGUCAGUCGGACAGCGGAGUGGAUCUAAGCAGUGAUUCCCAGCUCUCCUCCAGCAGCUGUAGUCAGCGUAGCUCCCCUGAUGGAGGAAUGAAGCCUGAAGGAGGCAAGAGAUCAGGAAGGUCUGGGACUACAGGUCAACCACAGCAUGGACGAAUUCCGUUGGUAGGACAUCCCCCUGAUCCAAUUGGAAUGGAGCGGGCCCAGAAGUCCUCCUCCGAAUGUCCUGGUGUGACCAGCACCACCUCCUGCCUCUCUUCGCCUCCUCCAUCCCCUAGUUCUAAGGGGCCGUGUGUUUCCUCUGAUGGCACCAAGCAGGGCAGAGACGCACAAGGCACAGCAAGCCAGCCUCCCUGCGUGACAGGCUCCUCAACACAGUCCUGGGAUCUCCCUCCCAGCUUGGCUACGGUUGAACCCCACAUGGACCCUCGACAGCUCAACUUGUCACCUGCCCACCCAGAGGGAACCAGAUCGCAACUGCCAGAUGACCGAAGUCAGAGAGUGUAUCCAAACCAAUACUACCAGGUGGAUGUCCAUGUCACAAGCACGGGCAGUGGGUACAGACCUGGGACCCCUUCUCUGCAGCCCUACAGAUCCCAGCCUCUGUACCUGCAUGCUGCUCCGUCUCCAGGUUCAGCUCCUGCUCUGCUGCCGACAUCCGCUCUUCUCUCUGGCAUCGCCCUUAAAGGCCAGUACUUGGAGUUCAACGACUUGAGCAAAAUGCCUGCAGGCAGCUUACUGUACCAGGCACCCACGUUCCUCUACAGCGGCCAUUACUGCCCAGCACAAGUCAGUACUGACCAACAACAGCAGAUGUUGCAGGUCAGGCAGGAUAUGGCGUCUGCAUCCGAUUACUACUCUACUACUCUUCAUCAUGCUGGACAGAGCGGAUACCUCACAACCGCUCCCACCCAGCAGGUUCUUCUUUCAAUGGUGGACACCCAGCUCCCAAUAAUGGGAUUUGGAUCCCUGUCAUCUGCAGCUCCGCAGCCCUCACUCGUCCCAGUAGGUCAAACACUGCAGCCGCUUCACCAGCUCUCUGCCGCGGGCCGAGCACUUUCGCACAAUGUCCGAAAUGAGUGUCCUGCACUUUCGGCUGACAUGAAGCAGCAUGAAGAUCAGAGAAGUGUAGCGGAAGCGUCUAUGCCAGUAUCAGGAGGAAGGGCAAAACCUCCACAUUCAAGUUACGGAGCUGCCAGAGCUCAGCGCUUUGAGGUUUAUCAGCAGGGGGUCGUUCCUGACACUUCACGCUGGACUCCGAGAUCCUGGGACAGACCACAGACUCGAGAUGGCAAUUCCCAGAAUACAAGAGAUUCCCGCAGUGAGGGGAGCACAGCGUCUCGCAACCCCUGACCGCCCCCUUUCUAUUUAUGAAUUCACUGCCCACUAUAUGAAAUUACAGUGUACUUCCCCAUCCCUAUCUGAUGAGGGGGCAAGCGAGCAGCUAACAGACGUUGGCUAAAUAAGGAUUCCUAUAUUCGAUUAUUCCCCAUCUAUGUUACAAAGAAAAAAUUAUGUCCCUCAUUUAUUGUUUUCUUUCACCCCAAAAACCUCAAGCAACUUAUUAUUAUUUUAUUUUGCCCCUUUUUUCUGAAAAAUAAAGAGUAUUUUCUC